GCAAUGGCGUUUUUGCAGAGCACUUCCAAGAUGGCCGCCCAGGACCAGAUUGCCAAGGGAGGCUACACCAUCCUGCUGGAGCCGGAUCUGGGGGCCGAUGCGCCAUGGUUCACCAGGGGCACCGCCGAGAGGUUCGUCCGCUUAGUCAUCAUGUCGGAGGUCCUGGAGCGGGUGACGAUGAUAGAGUCCGAGAUACUGCAGCUCGAGGACGCCAUCGCCGUCCAGAGCAACAAAAAUCUAGGGCUCAAAUCUGGAGAAGGCCAUAAUGGGAAACCAGUGGACUCCUCCAUGGAAGGUACAAUAGAUACUACUGAUUUCAUUUCAUUUCUGAAUGUUGCAUUGCGCAGUCACAGUAUCUACGAAGAAAUCUUAGUGUACCAUCCAUCAGUCACAUCUGUUGAGUUAGCUAGCCAGUUAGGUGCAUGA